AUGGCGGACGAGCCGAGCUGCAGUAAGGAUUUGUCCAAAAGCAAUAAACCGUUUUGCAACGGAUCGAAGGAUGUGAAUAACUUUGACUUGAGCUCGCUGGCACACGGACAGUUGAACCAGAGGGACCUGCUGAAGUUGCUGAGUUGUUUGGAGGGUGAACUGCAGGCGAGGGACAUCGUCAUCGCUACUCUAAAGGCGGAAAAGGCCAAGCACCUGCUGCAGCAAGCACGGUAUGGCAAGCUCGGUCUGCGGGACCCAUUCACUGCGCUGCAACGCGACUCGUUCGCCGUCGUCGACCGCGCCACCACCGACGCUGGUUCCAACGAAACGGACAUCAGCCAGAUCUACGAGUCGCAGCUGACCCACCUCGAGAAGUUGAUCGCCACCCAGCGCAAAGCUCACCAGCGAGCCAAACAGGUGAGCGACUGGUGA